AUGGAUUUCGAUGAGCUGCUCGCCAAAUGCGGCAACCACAGUCGCUAUCAAUAUCUGCUUUUGGCAGCGUAUUGCUAUCUUUUGUUCGUCAAUUCGAUGCAAUUCUUCUCACAGAAUAUAAUUAGCUUUGUGCCUCAGCACUGGUGCUAUCAUGAGCAACUGGAGAACCGCAGCUUUACCGAAAUCGAGGCCAUUUAUGCUCAAUUUAAAAGCCCCUCAUGCACCCGCCUGGAAGAAAUCGAGGGCAACAAUGUCACGGUCAGCAGCGAAGUCUGUGAGCGUUGGAUUUACAAAUACGAUUAUGGAUAUAGAAGCAUGAACACAGAGCUUAAUUGGGUCUGCGACUCGGCAUAUAAGGCACGAGUCGGCCAAUCUUUAUUCUUUGUGGGCUCUGUGUUCGGCACUCUUAUCUUUGGUGGGCUCGGAGAUAGAGUUGGACGCGUUAAGGCCAUGGUCUUCGCCAAUUUGUGCGGUUUCGUGGGAGAAUUUUCAACCAUUUUCGCAAAUAGUCUCACGGGAUUCUCCAUUAGUCGGUUUGUGUCGGGUAUGGCCGCCGAAUCCAACACCUAUAUCAUGUACAUAUUGGUGGUUGAAUUUGUUUCGCCCUCGCUACGCAAUCGAGCCCUGAGUACUGUGUACACCAGUUCCUACUGCGCUGGAAUGAUCGCCUCCGCUUGGCUGGCGGUUUGGGUUGGUUACUGGCGGAGCUUUCUGUUGUGUUCUUCACUGCCUUUAUUGGUGAUUACCAGCUUCUUCUUUUUGGUCCAAGAAAGUGCACAAUGGCUAGUCACGCGCAAUGAUGUCGAUGGAGCUGUGAAGCGACUGAAACGAGUGGCCAAAAUCAAUAGACGAAUAGUCGGCGAAGAGGAUUUUGAGGCGUUUCGCAAAUAUUGUGAGAUAGCUCACGAAACUGAAUCACCAAAGACGCAGCAAAAAGAGACGCAGCUCAUCGAUAUGCUCAAGACGCCGCGCAUGCGCAAAACUGCUUUCAAGUUGUUGUUGCUUUUCGUAAUAAUAUGCUCCUGCUACACCACCAUUGCUCCCAACGUUGAGGGUCUGGGCAUUUCACCGUUCGUCAUGUUCUCUCUGAAUGCUCUCACAGUGCUGCCAUCGGGUCUGUUGCAGGCCGAACUGCAGUCUCGCUUCGGCCGCAAGCCGACAGUAUGCUUCUCCAUGUUUAUCAGUGCACUGCUCUCUCUGAUCACGAGUCUUGUACUCUCACAAUACGGCGCUACAAACAUUCUGUUGCUCAUCGCUCUCAUGAUGUGUGUUCGCUUCGGCAUUUCGGUGUGCACGGGCGCAGGAUUUCAGUUCACCACCGAGCUCAUUCCAACAUGUGUGCGUUCGAGAGGACUGGCAGCGGUCCACGUGGCUGGAUACAUCGUCAGUUUUUUAUCCCCGUAUAUACUACUAUUGGGCGACUAUUUCAAGCCACUGCCGUCCAUAGUGUUGUGCUUGCUCUUCUUAACGGGUGGCUAUGUGUGUUUGUUGCUGCCUGAGACGCGCAACAAGAAACUCCCCAUAACAUUGGCCGAUGGCGAGCAGUUCGGCCGCGGAGAGCGAAUGUUUGACUUUCUGAGGCGAGACAAGAAUACUGAGGAGACAGUGAACACCACUGAAGCGGGAGAGAAACUCAUGAGAGCGGAGUAGGACGACGCUGCUAAUUAGUAUUUAAUGAAUGAAUGAAUGAGUAUUAAUUUGAUUGAGUCUAAAGCAAUCGCUGCAUAGUGGGCCGGACCCAUCAAUAUAAAUACAUAUAUGUGAUA